AUGUCAACCAUCAAAAUCGCUCGCACGAGAGAUGUUCAAAUAGACGAGGAAGUAAACUUUGAUUCAUUGAUUACGAAUAGAGACUUGCUGCGAGGUCUAAUCAAAGCAGGGUAUGAUCGGCCAUCACCGAUUCAAUUAAAAGCCAUACCUCCGGGAAAAUUGGGAUUGGAUGUUAUUGCUCAAGCAAAAUCAGGGACUGGAAAAACAAUUGUUUUUGGAAUUGUCGCAUUAGAAAUUUUGGAUUUAAGUAAUCCUCAUCCACAGGUGUUAAUACUAGCACCUACCAGGGAGAUAGCUGUGCAAACAAAAGAAGUAAUUUGCAGCAUUGGUAGAUACUUGGAAAGAUUAGCUUGUCAUGUAUUUAUUGGUGGGUUACCUGUCGAAGAAGAUUUAAAGAAGCUUAAGAAAUGCCACAUAGCAAUUGGAUCGCCCG